UGACGGCGGGUUCCGCCCUCGCGCUGGGGAGGAGUCCCGGAGCCGCGCUGGAGCUGAAGCCACUUUCACGCCCUCCUCGCCCUCCCCACCGACAUCAUGCUCCAGUUCCUGCUUGGAUUUACUUUGGGCAACGUGGUUGGAAUGUAUCUGGCCCAGAACUAUGACAUGCCGAACAUGUCGAAAAAACUUGAAGAGAUUAAAAAGGACCUGGAAGCCAAGAAGAAACCGCCUAGUUCCUGACACUGCCCGGCACUGUACUCCGGACCCACCAGCACCCUCUGGAGGGGCCUGCCUCCUUCAUAGCCGCAUCCCAAAGCUGUGUUCCUCUUCAGCCUCAGACCCUGCCACCAUGGGGCCAGAAGUCGGGUUUCCUUGCAUUUCCAGCCGCUUCCCUUCCUCCCGUAACUUCCGUCCAGCUGCAUCUGAGUCCUAAGAAAGACUGGAAUUAUAAUGCUAGGUUAGCAAACACAAUCUUUCUUAGUGCCGCUCACCACCCGUUGUCAAGAGAAAAGAAACGAAUGAGUUUGGAUAGCUGAUUUCACUGUCUACCAGUCGAUCAGGAGCUUGUUAGAUGUUUGUUACUGAAUUUUGUUGUCAAAGUAAUUAAAAUCAGUACAUUCAAGCCAGUUUCUGAUGAAUUAUCCAUUUAUUUUGUUAUCAAGGAGCUCCAUGAUUGAUAAUUUAACCAAUAAAUCAUUUGCUUGUCAUUAACCAAGAAACUGAAUUCUAUAAGAACUGGGAAAUUUUAAACGUGCAAAAUAAUUGUUGUCUGAGUAGAGUUCAGUCUAUUUAGUCCGAGAGUUCUUUAAUGAUAUAUUUGCUCUGACUCUGCCAUCAAAACAACCAUUCUUUAUGAGUGCACUCAACAUUAUGUGAUAGGUGGGUAAGUGAGAAGCUGUUGACAAAAGAAUGAUAAACAUUAAAGUAUGCACUAACUGUAUAGCUUUAUAGCUAUUCCCCCUAAGAGAAAUGUGGUCCGAAUGUGUGAUAGAAUGAGACCAUGGGGAACAUCUGCUUUUUUCUACAGCUGAAGCACCCCCACCCCAGUGAGAAUGGAUCAUCAAGCAUUAUCAUCAUCAUCAU